GGGGGGGGGUCUGGCCCCCUCCUCACCCACCCCAUGGCUGCUGAGAGCGUUGAGCCAGGCUGGCCGGUUGCAAGGAGCCGCGGGCUCUUCCGAGCCUCCCAGGGACCAUGCCAGCGCCAUUCGCAAAGGGCUGGCAGAAGAAGAUGUCACGUUAAUAAAUAUUGCGGGUGCUAGCAGCAAGAUGCCGGGUUAGAGGGGCGGCAUCAAUCAGCUGAGCCCUCGCUGCAAAGGGAUCUCCCGUCAGCACAGGGGCGCAGAGUCGUGGCUGCCCCCCGUCACCCCUUGCCGCUGCACCCCACCACCGGCAUGCACCGAGCCCACCUGCCCUUGCCUGGGCCAUGCCAGGGAGGCUCAACUCUGGGAAACCUGUUCUCUAUUUAAAUAAGAUAACAUAUAUUAAAACCGCCAAAUCUUGGCGAGCUGACAGCGUCUGUCUAAAUAUUUAUCCCUCUUCCGAUCAGGCGCUGUGUUCCCAUGACAGCGUGAUUAGCACUUUGCAUAUUUAUGGCCUUUCUGGGUGCUGGGCUCCCCGCGCCUGCCUGCCCCGUGCCUGGGGGGGCCAUGGAGACCCCCCUGUCUUCCCACACAGCCGGCAGAGGUGAGCCCUGGGCCGGCAGCUGUCCCAGCCUGGCACAUCCCUGCUGGGCUGUGCUGGAGCUGUCAGGAGCAACCAGGGCCGGGCAGGAUGGAAAUGCAGCAGGGACGGGCAGGGCAGGGAGCGGGUGCUGCGUUUGUCCCCCACAGCACAGGAGGUGCAGCGCUGAGGACGAGGCAUCUUGUCCAUGCAGGGACACAAGCACAGGGGACAGCGUGGGCAUGACCUGCCCCAAAAGCAGGGUCCUGCUCUGCCUCCUGUGCACGAGCACCAGGGGACUGGGUACCUGUGGGCGAUGGGGAUGGAGCAGGGAUGCUCUGGCUCCCUCCCGCACAGUGCUGCCCUGCCCCACGACGUGGCCUUGCUGGGACUUCAUGCUCUGGGGACAGCACGUCCCACGCUGGCUCUGCAGGACGUGCCAGGGGUCCCGGCCGCCGCAUCCCCCCUGCGCCCCAUGGCAGCGUGCGGGAGGAGCGUGUCAGGAGGGAUUAGGGCUGUGUCUAGAAAAAGGGCUAAUUCAGAGCCAGAGGCACAGGGUGGCUCAGCACGGCUCUUCCCCUGGUGCCACUGCUCUGGCAACACAAACAAAACCCUCACGAUCAGCUGAGCCGCUUGUGUACCGGCAGCCGCCAAAAUCUGCUUUUCAGUUCCCAAAUCUGGCAACGCUGAAUUUAACCCCAAACUUUGGCGCAUUUAGGUGGCAUCUCACUGAAAGGGCUGGUGGUAGCUGCCCGGGUCCUGACAGCGGCUGGGGGUGUUGAUACGCUACCUCAUCCCUGCCUCGCCACACGUGCUCGGGUUGGUAAAAAAGGAGAAAAAGGGGCAAAAAUGGUGCUAGCGCUUCUCGUGUACAGCUUCCGAGAGGAUUCGUGCUGCCUCCUGCCUGUUGUGCUGUGGGCACCGUGGGAGACGUGCCACCCACAACAGGGUAGCUCUGGGCUCCUGGGGUGGGAGCAGGCGUCACUGUGGGUCCCUUGUCACCUGGGAGCAGUGCUGCGGGCGAGGAGGAGCCCCGAGGGGGCUGCAGGAGCGGGGGACACAGAGUGUGCUUGGUGUUCCCCCCCGCCGUGGUGCUUUCCCAGGGGGUUGUGUUGGGGCUGCAGAGGUGGGUGGCUCCGUGGGGCUCGUGGGAGCAGUGCCCCCGGUCACGGCGGUGCCCCCAGUGCUGUGCUCGCCGGGGUCUGGCCUGGCUGAGCAUCUCCUGCUGCAGCUGCGGUGCUGGCUGCAUGGAACGCUGCUGUGGGUCUUGGUGUUGGGGCUGGUCAUGCACCAGCUGGUAUAAAUCUGCACAAUCCCUCGAGCUGUGGCCAUGGGGGGGGCUGGGGAAGGGGCACCUGCUGCCUCCUGCUCCACAGAGACUGCCUUUGGCUUGGGCUCACUUUCAUCUAAAUUGGUAGAUCCCCAUCUCAGGAGUUCUCAAAAUUGGUUUAGGAAAAGAAGACUUCAAAUGAAUUUUAUUAAUCUUAAUUGUGACAACUCUUUGACAUGAGCUCUUCCCUGCACCCCGCGUGGCGUGUCCUACAUGUCCCGUGAGGGAUCAAACAUCGGUUUAACCAGACCAGCCCCCCCCCCCGCACGGCGCGGUGCGGCGUCUCACAGCCCCCGGCAGCGGCAGCACCAGCACCAGCAAUCCUGCUCUCGUCCCUCUUCCCCUCUGCGGGGAAAGCGGCAGCUCUUCUCGCCGGGCUCAGACCCCAGGCAGCCGGACCCCACUGUGCUCCUGCCCUGGUUGUUUUCCGUCGGUCGAAGCAGCUCGUGCCCCUUCCCCUCCACGGUGCCGGGUGGGACUCCCCUCCCCGGGGCAGAUGCUGCGGGCUGCGCAUAGCAAGCGUGUGCCCAUCCCUGCAGGGGCAUUGCCUCCCGUGCCUGGCCCCGUGAUGCCACCCCACCCAGCUGCCCAGUGACACAGCCCUUGUCUUGGAGGUGACCCAGCGGCUCGAGGGGAGCCCCCGGCAGGGACCUGCCCCUGCAGCCACCGCCUUGUUUGCUCCUGCGCUGGCGGAGCCCGAGGAGGGUGCGCCCUUGCAGGCAGAGGCAAAGGCAGGUCUGGCCACUAGCCCCUGGGCUUGGGCACGUGAGAGAUGGCCUUCCAGCGGAGCCACAGGCUGAACCUGCUGCGCCUCGUCGUGCUGCUCCUCGUGGCCUUGGCCGGCAUCAAGUUCCUCUUCCGCGACAGCUUUACCCUGGAGCUGCACAAGCACGUCAGCAAGGACAGUGGCUUCUGGGGGGACCUGGGUGAUACCGGCCGGGACACCGGCCCCCAGAGCCAGGCUCUGGAGCUCUCCGCGGCAAAGAUAACGGCCCCGAGGCAAGAGCCUGGGCAGCAGGUCCCCAGGGAUGUCAGCGCCACCGAGAUGAGGCUGGUCCACCUGGACCUCAAGGGAGCUGCGCCCAGGGUCUCCUACCUGGAGCAGGUGUUCCCCCUCCUGUCCCAGCUGGGAGCCAACGGCAUCCUCAUCGAGUACGAGGACAUGUUCCCCUUCAAGGGGGAGCUGGAAAUCCUCAAGUCCCCAUACGCUUACAGUGAGGAUGACAUCGAGCGGAUCCAGCAGCUGGCAGAGCUCCACAAGCUGGAGGUGGUUCCCCUGGUGCAGACCUUUGGGCACGUGGAGUUCAUCCUCAAGCACGAGAAGUACCAGCACCUGCGGGAGGUCGAGCGCUUCCCCAACAGCUUCAACCCCCAUGUCCCCGACACCCUGGCCCUGCUCAAGAGCAUCUUGUCGCAGGUGAUCGAGAAGCACAGGCGCUCCACCUGGAUCCACAUCGGCGCGGACGAGGUCUUCCAUCUCGGGGAGGGCAUGGACUCCAAGAACUGGAUGAGCCGCAACAAGGGUGACACGGGGACCAUGUACCUGAAGCACAUCAAGGAGGUGCUGAGCUUCAUCACCACGCAGUACUGGGGGCUGCGGGUGCUCAUGUGGGACGACAUGCUGAGGAAGAUCAGUGUGGGAGCCCUGCAGGAGUCCGGGAUAGCAAAGCACGUCUCACCCAUGGUGUGGUUCUACGCACCCAACUUCGAGGCUGAGCAGAUCGGGCCAUUCCUCACCAAGUACGCAGAGAGCGGCUUCGAGGCGGUGUGGUUCGCCAGCGCCUUCAAGGGCACCACGGGACCGGCGCAGACCUGGCCCCCCCUGAGCUACCACCUGAAAAACCACCUGAGCUGGCUGAAGGUGAUGCAGGCCCUGCCACAACUGGCCCCGCUGCGCUUCCAGGGCAUCGUCCUCACCGGCUGGCAGAGGUACGAUCACUACUCGGUGCUCUGCGAGCUGCUGCCCGUCGGCAUCCCCUCCCUGGCCGUCUGCCUGCAGACCCUGGUGAACGGGGGCUUCACGGAAGAGACGAAGAGGAAGGUCCUGGACACGCUGGGCUUCCAGAGCAUGCAGCUGGAGCAGAGCACGUGCGAGGGCAGGGGAGCGUUCCCCGGCGCGGAGAUCUACCACAUGGUCGAGCAGGUUAAUGGCCACCUGAAGGAGAGCAUCCUUAAGGCCCUGGAGGAGGAGAGCGCCAUCAAGGGCUGGUUCAGCCCCUAUCACCGCAAGCGCCAGUUCGGCAACCCCCGCAACAUGGAGAGCUUCGGCAGCAAGGUGCUGAAGCUCCACGAGGACUGGGAGAGCUUCGUCCGUGACCUGCGCGCCCACCUGGAGAGGGUCUACUUCCCUGACACGGUGGAGGAGUGGAUGGAGGAGAACAUCAACCCCUACCUGGACCAGCUGCGGGACCUGGUGCGCGACUACCGAGCCAUCAUCCGCCUCAACGCCAGGCCCAAGGCGACGUAGGGGCCGCGGCCCCCCCCCCCAGCUCCCUCUGCCCCCCUAGGGUGGGCUUCGGGUGCCACCGUCGCAUGUCUGUCUGCUGGUGACCGCAUUGCUGCCGUUGGUUUGUACUGUACAGAGCUCCUGCACAUCCCACUUCCACAAUAAAGUAUUUUCGUAGA